CAUCAGUAGCGCGCAGGUAAAGUGUCCAGACUUUGAGCGCGUAGGGUCGGGUAUGUCCGAGGGGAAGAGCGCAGGACGCCGCCGCAGCUCCGAGGCUUCAUCACCUGAGGACCACUGUGGAGCAGAUGGUGCCGAGAAAAUGACUCGGGCUCUCUCCAUCCUCGCGUACCUUCUCCCGCUGCUUCACUGUAGCCGCAGUGCUGACUCCGAGGAGCGGCUCAUGAACUGGCUGCUGGGAGAAGAUCGCUACAAUCCCCUCAUCCGGCCGGCCCUCAACAGGGCAGAGAGAGUCACCGUGAAGCUCCAAGUAUCUCUGGCACAGCUCAUCAGUGUGAAUGAAAGAGAACAGAUAAUGACCACAAAUGUCUGGCUCACUCAGCACUGGGUGGAUUACAGGUUAUCAUGGGACCCGGCAAAGUAUGAAGGUAUCGACAAGCUGCGUAUUCCAUCAAGACACAUCUGGCUCCCGGACAUUGUUCUGUACAACAACGCUGACGGGACCUAUGAGGUGACAGUCUUCACCAACGCUAUUGUUCUCUUCAAUGGCAGUAUCAACUGGCUUCCUCCAGCCAUCUACAAAAGUGCAUGUAAGAUCGAGGUCAAGCAUUUUCCCUUUGACCAGCAGAACUGCACCCUCAAGUUCCGCUCAUGGACGUACGACCACACCGAGAUUGACCUGAUCCUGAAGACUGAGGCAGCUAGUAUGGAUGACUUCACUCCCAGUGGGGAGUGGGAUAUCUUGGCACUUCCAGGCAGAAGGACUGUCAGCCCUCUGGAUCCCACCUAUGUGGAUCUCACGUAUGACUUUAUCAUCAAGAGGAAGCCUCUUUUCUACACCAUCAACCUAAUUAUUCCCUGUGUUCUCAUCACCUCGCUGGCUAUCCUGGUCUUCUACUUGCCGUCAGACUGCGGAGAGAAGAUGACCCUCUGCAUCUCUGUCCUCUUGGCGCUCACUGUGUUCCUGCUUCUCAUCUCCAAGAUCGUUCCCCCAACCUCACUGGAUGUGCCUCUGAUUGGCAAGUACCUGAUGUUCACCAUGGUGCUGGUGACCUUCUCCAUCAUCACCAGCGUGUGUGUGCUCAACGUGCACCACCGCUCCCCCAGCACCCACACCAUGCCUUCCUGGGUCAAGCUGAUCUUUCUCGUCAAGCUGCCUGCCUUACUCUUCAUGAGACGCCCCAACAACAACUCCGCUCGGCAGCGGCUUCGUCAACAGCGGUGCUUGAGGGCGAGGAGAUCCAUCUUGGGUCUAGGUUACCAAGUUGAAUCCAAAACAGGCUUCAACACGUCAUCUUCUGCCCUGCUCUCCUCUGACUCUCCCAUCUCCACCUCAGGACACAAAAAUGUAGCUGCUUCAAUGGGCUACAGCCACUUCAACAGGAAGGAGGAGCUGCGCUCCACAGAUUAUCUUCCUGCUGGUUUCACCUCCACCAAGGACUUCCAGCAGGGCAGCAGCUCCGACUGGGCUGCUGACGUCCAGGAGGCGGUGAACGGGGUUCGCUUUGUGGCCGAGCACAUGAUGGGAGACGACGAUGAUCAGAGUGUGAUAGAGGACUGGAAGUACGUGGCCAUGGUGGUGGAUCGUAUGUUCCUGUGGAUCUUUAUCAUAGUAUGUGUGGUGGGAACGCUGGGUCUGUUUCUGCAGCCUCUGUUUCAGAGUCACAACUUUCCAAACCAGCAGCCCAGCUCUGAGACUCCUCGCAUCUGAGGAACAAACAAGAGAGACUGAGCAACUUUAAGGUCUUUUUUAUUUUACCUAACGUGGUGCUUUAUUGGAAGGGACCAGAGGCACUGACAUCUAUGGCGUCUGUGAAAAUUUCCACCAAUAAGGCACCUUAGAUGGUUGCAGGAUAAUAAAACAAAUUUGAAACCCUUUUUUCUGUAUCAUCGGUGGAAUAAACAGACUCUUUAUGUGAAGUAAAAAUGUAUCAAAUGUCUCCUUCCAGUGUAAACCUUGUAGCCUGUAGCCAUAUAACCCUGCACAGCCUCCGCUCCACUCAAGUAUGCAAACAUAACAUGUGCUGAACUGUUGCAGGAAUAUAACCAAUACAGCAGUAACUGACAUUCAUCUGCUUUCAAAUGUUGCUUAACUGCUUAUUUGUAUUAAGUUUACUGCCAUAUCAAUGAAAUAUGAUGUGAGA